AUGACCUACCAAGUCAGGGCAUAUGCCGCGCUGACUGACCACCCCGAUGACAACACCCAGCACCCAGCACCCAGCAUCCAGCACCAGCAUCAACACUACAGCCCCGUCCAUGCCCUUGCAUACUCCGCCUCUCCAGGUACUUACAUUCUUACCGGCUCUUCGGACCGUUCAAUCCGCCUCUACAACCCAUUCCCCAGCACCUCUGUUCCGGGCGAGGAUCGUCAUAGCGUCCCCCAAGGUCGUCUCAUCCAGACCUAUGCUGCCCACGGCUACGAGGUCCUGAGCCUUUCGGUCGCUGCCGAUAACGAGCGUUUUGUCUCGGCUGGUGGCGAUCGCAGUGUGUUUCUAUGGGAUGUUAGCACCGCUGUCACUACCAAGCGGUUUGGGGGCAACGCCCAUGGGCAUUCUGCUCGUAUCAACUGCGUGAGUUUCGCAGGUGAGGGUGACUCGAUCAUUGUAAGUGGUGGCUUUGAUACCACUGUCAGGCUGUGGGAUACCAAGAGCAGCAGCUUCAAGCCUAUACAGGUUCUUGACGACGCAAGUGAUGCGGUGACGUGUCUCGCUGUCCGUGGACCUGAAGUCCUCGCAGGAAGUGUCGACGGCCGCGUCCGCAGCUACGACAUUCGUAUGGGAAAAGUCACCACCGAUGUUAUCGGCUCACCCGUCACCAGCCUCAGUCUCACGCGUGAUGGACGCGCCGUGUUAGUCGGAAGUUUAGAUAACAAGCUCCGUCUCAUGGACCGCGACAAUGGCUCCUGUCUACGAGCAUACGCCGACCCAGCAUGGAAAAACGACGACAUCAAGCUACAGGCCCUGCUGGGCGGUAAAGAAAAGUACGUUAUAGUUGGCGAUGCCAUGACUGGCGAGACGGCGUCAACCGGCCAGGGGAAGAUAUGGGCCUGGGAUUUGUUAACAGGCAAGUUGGCGGCUAAAGUGACAGUUCCUUGGGGGCCACAAGGCUUUGAAGCCAAGAAGAAAGCCGUGGGUCGGGAUGGAAAGGAGAAGGCGAGGAGUAACGUUGUGAGUUGUAUGGCGUGGAGAGAGGGCGGUUGGGGAGAUCAGUUCUGCGUAGGAGGAACAUCAGGUGUGGUGACUGUCUAUGGAGCGUUGUAA